AUGGACCCCAGGGGGCAAGACCUGGAACCCCAACCGCAAGAAUGCCACACCCUACCCAGCCGCGACAGCACCAACAACACUACCGCCGGCAACCCAACCCACAACAUCACCAAAGUAGAGACCCGGCAGGAGGUCGAACAUACGCAGCACCACCACCACAAGCAGCAGCAGCAGCGCAUCGCGGAGGACGCCGACGAGAAGGAAGACGCGCUUCUUGACAACAACGGCAACAACAGCAACACGCACCGCGUGACGUCCGCCUCCUCCUCUCACCACUCCCACUCCCGCACCGCCGUCCGGCACACGACGAGCAAAACCACCACCACCUGCCACGGAGUAAACGACCAUGGCAAUGGCGGUGUGCAGCGCGUGACCUCGUCGCCGACGAUCCGCAACACGCGCGCGCGGCUCGGCCUGCGGCCGGCGGCGCCCAUCAACGAGGAGGAGCAGAUCGCGCAGUGGCAGGGCCUGCGGUGGUCGCGCGUGCGAGUGGCGCUGCGCGAGCCCUUCUCCGAGUUCUUUGGCGUCGUCACCAUGGUGGUGCUCGGCAACGCGUCGGUCGCGCAGGUGCUGCUGAGUACGGGCCAGCGGGAGGCGCCUGGUGGGGGUGGCUAUGGCGGGUAUCAGAGUAUCAACUGGGGAUGGGGCAUCGGCGUCAUGCUGGGGCUGUACGUGGCCGGGGAUUCGGGGGCGUACCUCAACCCGGCCAUCACCUUCUCCAACUGCCUCUUCCGGCAGCUCCCGUGGCGGCGGUUUCCCAGCUAUGCGGUCGCCCAACUGCUCGGGGCGUUCGUCGGGUCCGGCAUCGUCUAUGCGAACUACGUCAACGCCAUCGACCACUACGAGGGGAAGGGCAUCAGGACAGUGCCGCCAAGCGAGAAGGCCACGGCGUCCAUCUUCUGCACCUUCCCCCAGCCCUUUCUCUCCAGAUCGGGCCAGUUCUUCUCCGAGUUCAUCGCCAGCGCGAUCCUCGUGCUCGUCGUCUUUGCGCUGAGGGAUCCGGGCAACAAUGGAAUCGAAAAGGACGGCAAAUGGUUCCCCCUUAUGAUGAUGUUCCUCAUCUUUGCGCUUGGCUCCGGGCUGGGGUGGGAAACUGGGAAUGCCAUCAAUCCGGCGCGGGAUCUUGGGCCGCGCAUCAUGGCUACGCUUCUGGGCUAUGGCUCCGAAAUGUGGACGGCAGGCGGGUACUACUUCUGGAUUCCGAUAGUCGCGCCGUUCUGCGGCUGCGUUUUCGGGGGCCUUCUCUACGACGUGUUUAUCUACACCGGAGCAUCACCUAUCAACACCCCGUGGAUGGGGCUAAAACAUAUUUUCCGACCAGACUAUGGUUGGAGGGUCGCUAGGGAGCGUUAUCGUAAGGGCAUCGAGGAAGGCCUGGUAUGA